AUUUUAUCGGUUGCCCGGUCGAUACUGGCGCAGUGCUCACGAUAACUUCAAAGUGUACGGUCAUAAAAGGAUAUUACUUAACGGAUUACAGUAAGAACCCGAUCCACAAUGAGCUACUUAGACAAAAUCGAUAGAUAUUUGGACUCGCUGAAGGUCGGAAAAAGUGCAAUAGUAGAUUCCUGGUUCAUGAUGUCCAGUCCAUUCCCUCUGCUGGCUGUGGUGGUGUCAUACCUCUUCUUCCUGAAGAUUGGACCACGGCUGAUGAAGAACCGGGCCCCCUUACAGAUAACCAAACUGGUCAGCUAUUACAAUGCCGCCCAAGUGGUGUUAGCUGCUAUGAUAUGUAUCAAGGUUUUCAAGUUAAACAUUUUCAGGGAUGGAAUCAUUUAUGCAGGGUGCCGUUAUCCGUCCAAUUCGCAAAAUCCUUUGUUACUAGAUCUGGGCUGGUGGUACUUCUUUGCAAAGUUCACGGAACUAUUGGAUACGGUAUUUUUUGUUCUAAGAAAGAAAGAUAAACAGCUGACAUUCCUCCACGUCUACCACCAUGUGAUCAUGGCUUUGUACUCUUGGAGCUACCUGAAGUUUGCAGCCGGUGGUGAAGGCGCUAUCCUGGCUCUUCUGAACUCCGCCGUACACGUCGUCAUGUAUACUUACUAUCUCAUGUCUGGUUUGGGGCCCAAGUUCCAGAAGUAUCUAUGGUGGAAGAAGUACGUCACGAAAAUGCAGUUGACGCAAUUUGUGUUGAUGCUUGCCUACUGCGCGUGGACAUAUCAUUCACCGAGAUGCCAGUACGCGACCGGGUUCACUUUUUUCAUAUCCUCAAACGUGGUCAUUUUCCUGAUACUCUUUUUGAAUUUCUACUCAAAGAGUUACAAGAGUAAAAAUGACGCAAGAAAGCAAAGAAUUGAAUGUGCCAAAGCUGCUGCUCUGAAUGGCUCGAACGACCAUAUAAAUUUGAAAUUCAAUAACGUAUGUGAUAAUAAUGAGAAUGGUAUUUGUCGGUCUAAUGGAAAAAUGAAUCUUAAAGUGCCUUAUGAAAAUGCAAAUGGAGACAAUACAAAUGGGAAAGUAUUGCUAACAAGAAGAUCAAACAAAGAAGCGAAUGGACCAGAUUUUAACUAUGAUGCUAAGAAAUGAUUUGUCAGGUUUGAAUAUUGGGGGAUAUUUAAAUGCCACUAGUUGGCACCAAUAUUAAAGUAUUGUGUGCAUUUUAUCGUUUUCUGAAAGAUUUUUAAGGGAACUAUGUAUUUCUUUUUUAAAAAUAAUUUAUUAAAACAUAUUAUACUUUUACUGAAAGGACAGUUCGAAUAUGAUCUAAUAGUGGUGCCAACUAGUGACAUUGUUAAAGCCUCGGCAUUUUCUGAGACUGAUGUAUGUGAUGAUAAUAAUGAGGAUUAUGCGUGUUUUACCUUCGAGAGCCGCGGCGUUAUUUCUAUGUAAAUAUAAGUAGAUGCGACUGCCUUUGUCGGGUUAGUUAAUAGAUCAGCUAUUAAAUAUUUUGUCACACUUCGUUUUAAGGGAAAUGUUACUAAUAUAUAUUGGGUACUUGUGCCUGUUUAUUAAAUUUAAGUACUUAAGAUGAAGAUGUUAAAGUACGUUAUUGUUAAACAUAUCGAUGUUUUAAAUGUUUUCGAUUUCUUUAAGUGAUGUAAAUACACGCCAGUCAAAGUCUUAUGCUAAUGGCAAUAAUAUGUGUGACGUAUGAAUCUAAAUUAACAGUGAAUCUGCGUGCGUUACAACAUCUAAAUUAUGCAUAAUUGUUUUUAAUUCUGUUAAAAGCCUACCAGUCUCAUAAUAUAAUAAAAAUACAUUAAAAUUGUUCGCAAAUGCAACAGAGGCUGUAGAAAAUUGUAGCGUACUAAUAACUUAACUUUUUGGUGUAUGAAGUAAGACAAUAAGAGCUGAUUUACUGUCAGAGAUAUCUAUGAAUAGAAUAGUUUCUUCUUCGUCUAAAUACAUCACAUUUUUUGUUUUGUUUGCAAUCUGAAUGGUACAUACAUGUGCGCGGCAAAAGAGUUACAUUAAUAGCGUAAGUCCUUGACAUCUUAAAAUAUUUUGGAUCCCAAGCCUAGCUUGAAUUUGCCUUUGUAAUAAUUUCGAAUAAGUCCCAUAGUGAAAAGCGCUCUCUAAGAUUUGCUAAAGUAUAUUUAUGGUGUAGCUGAAUAUAAUUUAAGCAUCCAAAAUAUGGUCAAUGGUCAAUGGUAGAAUAUAGCUACUGCGUUAGAAGGAUAUCAGAAUAUGGGGGCAAAAUAUUUAUAAUAUUUGUGUAGGAUUAGUAGAUCAUCAAUGUAUGCAAUGAAAACGUGGAGCGAUAUAAAAUUAAAUUUAAUAUGCGAAAGGCUGUCGUAAUACUGUAGCUGAUGCUUUUACUUCGAACUUAGAAGUUAAAGUAAAUCAAUAUUAAUACAUUUAUCAAUCAUUUCUUAAUAUUUGGCUCGAACAAAGUAAUAUGAUAAAAUGUUUCAUUAAAAUCAUUGCUAGUGAAAAUUAAAUCAAAAUUAUUUUGCUCCCCUUCUGAUAGUGAUAUUAGUACACCAAUAAGCGUAGAAAGCCAUAAUAUAUUAUUAAGAUUGUUUUGCUUUUGAAAAUGUGUUCGUUUAGUUUUAAAUAACUAUGAGGUUCCAGUUCUCAGUUCUUCCUUCACUUAAAUUUUUAUAAUAUGAUUGACUAUUCAAAUUCCGGCCAUAAGCUUCAGAUGUUAUUAUAAUAAGUGAAAAAUUUAUAUAAGCAAUAGUUUCUAAUCUUGUAAUAAGCAAACUCAAAACAAACCCCAUCUGUAUAUUGUGUAAAGAGUAAAACACUUUUUGAUCUAGGACAUUUUUUCUUCUUGUACUACAUUCAUUAAGUUUGGCUAUCAGUUUUUAGCCAGUGCUUCCUU